GUGGAAGCUUCCGCAAGAAAGAAUACAUAAUAAAUAAUUUCACAAUUUCCACAUCAAGUUCACGUUCCCACAUUCCCACAUUCAACAUAGACCAUAGACCACCAUAGACCAUGUAUGAAGAUUCCUGGUACAACUUCGUACCAGAUCAUACUCAUAAGAGGAACCCUUCCAUACCACAAACCUCGACCACGGGACACAGGAGACGAGAAUCCCUCCUCCAACAGCCUAAUGGAAGCAAACAAACCGAUCCGAUCGAACCUUUAGAAGGGUUACUCGAAGAACCCGAGACGAUAAUUGGCCCUCCUGAAGCCACAUUAAGUCGAAGAGCAAAGUCAUACUCCGAUUUUUACCAUGUAGUUCGUGCGCAGAUUUCCAAAGAUGCCGCAGCUGCAAAGAAGAAGCGGAGGAAAACGAAGGAGAGAAAUCUCGAUGCGUUGAUGAUUGAAAAAGUCGAGAAUGUCGACCGUCAUCGAACAUUGCCGCAGUUGGAGUCUUUCGAUAAUGAAUUGAUCGAGGCUAGCCAGCAACAAUAUUUACUUUACAGAGACCAAUUAGAAAUGACCGAACGUCAUCUAGACACCUUGAUUAGCGACGCCAAUGGUGCCCUAGAUCUACUCACUUCCUUGACCGAUUCAUUUCGUGCGGUAGAGUCGCAAACCUCCUCUUUCCAAGCCCAGUGUGACGACUUGUUGGUGGAGGAGAGGAGACUACAGAAGUUGGCCGACGAGGUUGGCACGGACUUGCAUUACUAUGCAUAUCUGGAUGGUGUUACGAGGAGGUUGAAUGCUCCUGGAGCCAGCCGUCUAGUAAACCAUGAGAGUUUCGGCGAAAUCUUGACGAAUCUAGACGCUUGCAUAGAGUUCAUGAUAGAACACCCUGAUUACCGAGAUGCUGAAUCGUAUCUCGCAAGAUAUCAAUCCUUACUUACUAAAGCUCUCCAUUUGCUUGAAGUUGGCUUUACUGGCCAUCUUGACCGUGUUUCCUCGGAGAUAUCGAAACAAAUUACAGCUACCCAGUCAGAAUCUGCCAGGCAUGCUCUUGCCUAUGACCGGUUUGAAGAGAUGGUACUAGAGGUGGAUGGUUUGGUAACAAAUGCCCAACGCGUUAUUAGCAGUUGCUAUGAUCAACUGGGAAAUGCGAUACCUGGGAAGAACUUUGAUUACUAUUCGAAUACCGCCCUUAGCAUUUUUUCGUCUUACUCGGACGUGAGAGACCGUGAUCUUCGCCCUAUGACUCAACACGACCUCGAAGUUUUUAGGAAAGACGUUAAGGAUAUUAAUGUAGAAACUGCUUGUCGCAACUUCAUCAAGCAAUGUUACGAACGAUCAUAUGAUGAAGCCAAUCUAUUUGCCAAGAUAUUUUCUAUCGAGCCGCAGUAUAGUGCGGACCCCCAAUCCGCUUAUGUGGCGUUGAAGGGUCAUCAAAAAGCGCUGGUUUCUGUCGCAAAUAUUGUGCCGAUUGCGACAACAUUACAGUCAACUUUACAAACAAGCGAGCUUCAAACAGUAUGCAAUCUUCUUGGAUGGGUUACGAAUGAAUACUUGCUAUUAGAAUACGACGAGGAAGAAACUCAGCAAUAUUCUGUUCAUUGCCAUGAUCUAACUGCACGGCUCCUCAUUGAACACCUCUGGCCUUUGACAGAUGGCGUUUUCGAUGCCGAAGUCACCAAGUCUAUAUCAAGGGCUACCAUCUCACCCGAGUCUCUCAAGAUUACUCAGGUCAUAAAUGGUGUUGCAUCGUCCAAUGCCCAUCCGGUUACGAAACGUGCCCUCGAACUCUUGGCUAUGUAUGACCAAGCAAUGCCAAAAGAGCGAAGCUCGAGUCCUGUUGUCUUCCGAAUCAUAGACGAGACUAUCCUUGCUAUGCAACGCGCAGAGUCUCGACUAAAGUCUAACAAAGCGGCUAAUCCCGACCCUGACCCUGACUUGUUUAUGAUAAAGAAUUUACUCAUUCUCAAGAAUGGGCUGGUAUCGCUUGAGUUUGGUGAUGUCAGACCUCACCCUACAGCGAUGCAGCAUUUUGGCCAGAUAUGGGACGCUCUUAGCCCUCAAAAUUGGCUGGGGCUGUUCCGCGGCAUCAUCGGCGGCUCACUAACGCUUGGCCUCUGGUCAUCAGCAACUGCGAAUCCUACGAACGGAAAGGCUAUACCACCUAGGAAUCAAGCCCAGCCGGAGCAAGAUGUAAAUGAUAAGCUGGACGAAUUGCUCCGGCAAAGUAUCUAUGCUUUCACGCAGCGAUGGGGAACAUUGAUCAACGCAGCGAGGAGUGGUAAACGUGGCGCUAGGAGCCUUGCGACCACCGAGAAAGAGUUAGAUGAGAAGCUUUUGACUGCAUUUGGCGGCCAGCCUGAAGUCGUGGCUAAGCUGAAGGAAGCCAUCCAAAUAAAUGCGCAGGCUCAGAAGGAGAUGAAGGCCGAAAAAGGCGGGCGGUAAGAUGGCUAGGCCGAAUCGCAAACCUCGAUCAUAGCCCGCGACCUCGUUUUAACUGUAUAGGUCGUAGUCAUGUGGUGAGCUUCGAGGUUUCAUUCGGCAUAUUAUGCCUUAUCGAAUCGAAAUGAUCCCCGAAUUUCGGGAGCCCCCCUAAAUGCGCAGAGAAACAUGUAAACCUGCAUUUUCAAAUGGUUAGAAAGAUACUGCCGCUUCCGUAGAAUUUCGGCUACGUGCGAUAAAUGACACUUUCUUAAACUAUAACGAGAAUUUAUUCAAGUUUAUCGAUCUCUACGACUGGGUUAUUUACCCAAACCAAAGCCUGGAUGAUAGUGUCGAAAUUUAAAUUUAGGGGUUAAGU